CCCUUCGCUUUCUUUUCUCCUCUCCUCCUGAUCCCAUUCUCUCUCUCUCUCUCUCUCUCUCUCUCUCUCUCUCUCUUAACCCUAAAAAUGUUUGUUUUAAUACUUGCAGUACAUCAAGAGAAGCAGUCGAGGCUCUUUAUUUAGUAGCUGAUAUAUACAAUGGCUGCAGUUUCGAUGUGGUCACUAGUUUCUUCUAAAAGCCAUGUUAAUCCCAAUUUUAAAAGGAUUGGGCAGAUUGAAGAAGGCAAGAUAGGACAUUGUCCACUUUUACAAAAAUAUUGCAAACACUUGCCAGCUCGGUUAAUAGGUGAAACUGAUGGGAAACUGGCACAUCAAGGAUUUGAUUCAUCUCCUGUAUCAGGCAAAAGACAAGCAUUUUGUCUGGUUUAUAAUACACCUUCAUUGUUGAGGAAGCCCAGUGACGUUCCUCUUCUGAAGGUUUACAAUAUAGAGGGUGAUGAGAAGUUCAGUUCAGAAGGAUCACACCAAAGAGAUGCAGCUUCUUAUGAAUCAGACUGCUUAGGAACAUCUAGCUGCGGGAGACAAUUGAAAGAACUGGAUUCAUAUUUUAAUAAGCUUCAUUGUAGCAUGGAAGAACAACCUAGGUCUUCUGAAAAUAGUUCUGAUACAAAAGAGUACCGUAUGGAAUCUUCUUCACAAUUGGAAGGCCAACAGGCAAAAAAUGAUAUAUCCAAUCCAUGCAAAAGAAAGGCAACAUUGGAUUCACUAGAGAAGUACUUCGGGGGAUUGAAUACUGUGCAGCACUCAAGAAGGGGUAGUUCAUCACGGUUGCAUAAAGAAAACGCAGAAGGGAAUCCAAUAAGAGGGCCUCAUUCUUCUGUAGAAAAAUGUCAUGAUGACACAAUGACUAGGGAGAACAACAGUGUCACGCAUUUACAGAAUAUGGAUGAUGAAGUGGGUAACGUGUCAUCUGCUAGUGAGAAUUUUAAAAGUCUACUAACAAAUGAGGAAGCUUCAGAUUUUUGUUUAAUAAAUUUACUGGUUGCGAUAAAUAUCGCUGUUUUCUUGUUUGAGAUUGCUAGUCCGAUUAGGAACACAGAGGUAGAGAACUUGUCGCUCCCUUUGAUAUAUGGUGCAAAGAUAAAUAAGCUAAUCCUGGUGGGAGAGUGGUGGAGAUUACUAACACCAAUGUUUCUGCACUCUGGAUUUCUUCAUAUUGCUCUUAGUUCGUGGGUGCUUCUUACAUUUGGACCACAAGUAUGCAGAGGAUAUGGACCAUUUACCUUUCUCUUGAUUUAUGUACUUGGAGGAAUUUGUGGUAAUUUGACAAGCUUUGUUCACACUCCAGAGUUAACUGUUUGUGGAACAGGUCCAGUUUUUGCCAUAAUUGGUGCCUGGCUUGUUUACCAAAUACAGAACAAGCAAGUACUCACUAAAGAACUAUCAGAAAGUUUGUUCUGGAAGGCAGUCACUGCCACUGCUCUGAGCUUCUUGCUGAACAACUUUUGGAGAAUUGAUGACUGGACACAUCUUGGAGCAGCUUGCUCAGGAAUCAUCUUUGGGUACCUCACAUCCCCAUCCUUGCAGUUUCUAGAUAAUGUAUUUUCAUUGAAGGAUGGACAGAAACAAGAAGGAUUCGCCUCCGUACAACGAAGGUGCUGCAAAAAUUCUUACAAAUUAAAAUUAUCCCGGGAUGAAGAAGGAGAGAAGAUAGCAGGGAACAAAGAUGAAGUAAACUUCCCUUUGCUUCCCAUUGCAAGUUUUGUUUCUCUGGACAAAAUUUGAAUGUAUAAAUCGGGCUGGUGGAGAGAACUAAGAAAUAUGGAGCAUGAGGAUCAGCAAGACGUGGUUGUAAGAUAUCACACAAUCGGAUCAAAGAACCUGGGGAAAAGAAUCAAUUAAUCUAAUCAGAGAAAGAAAGAACUAUUGGAGAGUAAAUACUACAAUUCAGUGAUUGUAGAAAUAAGAGGAAUAUGCAAAGUUCUUCCAUCAGAUGACACAGACAUGCCGUGAAAGAAAUAAACAAUGAAAUAUCGGUAUAGGGAGGUGCUGACGUCAAACAAAAAUGCAGCAAUGAGCUUCAAUUCGCUCAAACCAUAAAAUGAUCAAAAUUUCAUGUUUGAGAGUAGGGAAAUUUCUCCUUAUAGCUUUUGCUGAAAGUAUGAAUAAUAAUGUUAUUGGUGACAAAAG